GGCGGUGGUGGAGGUGCUCAUCUUAAUACAACAACGAAUUCAACUAUUAGCUCCUCUCCAAAUUCAUCUCCUCGUGGAAGUGCGUGUAGUGGUGGAGGAGGGGGAAUUGGAAAUAAUAAUGUUUCUCGUUUGAAUGGCUUAAAUGGAAAUAAUCAUCAUAAUGUCGGUGAACGUGGUUCUUAUUCUGAGGCUUCCUCCAUCUCUUCAGCAGAUGGAGCUGGUUCCUCUCUUCAUGGAGGAGUAACUACUUCUAUUGUUGGACAUUCAGCAACUAACGGCGGCGGCACUCGUCUUUUGCCGCCUCCACAACCAUCUCCAGUACAAAUUGUUCCUUCAGUUUCUCAACAAAAUACAAUUCAACAAACUAGUAGCACUAUAAGCACUAGCGGAUUUUCCUCAAGCUCUGCUGCUUUAACUCCCGUAACUUCUUCCACAAAUAUCAAAAACAAUAUAGCUGAUGCUAGCGGUGGUGAUUUUUACGAGGAAUGUGAUGGGCCUGUAGGAGGGAUUGAUGGAACAGAUGGAGGAGUACAACAUUCUGAUAUGGUUUUGGGGACUGCUUUAGCUCGUUAUCACUACGAUGCAACACCAGAUGAAGCAGGCGGCACAAUCAUAACAAUGAAUGAAGGAGACGAAUUAUUAUUGCUUGAGAGGGAUAUGGGCGAUGGAUGGACUAGAGUUCGACAUAGAAUUUCUAAUGCGGAGGGUUUUGUUCCUACUAGUUAUUUGGUAAAUUUUAGACAAAAAAUAAAUUGGGUUGGUGAUUUCCAGUCGACCGACAUUCGAGGCAUUUUCUCGAGUUUUUCUCAUUGAAAAUAUUAUCGUUUUCAAGUCUAAA